GCAACUGCGGUGCAGAUUUAUGGUUGCGAGUUGUGCUGGUUGUAGAUUUGCCGGUGGUUGAGCAGCGGCUAGGGCUGCGAGGUACAGGACUAUGAGGAUCAGUCUAAUACAUUGCGCUGGACCGAGACGGAGGAAACUACAAGAGGAGAGAGAAGAUUGGGGAUUCUAGUGAACAGGAUCUACCAGGGCCUUAGGGGGUUAUUUAUACAGCCAGCCGUUUGUGAUAUGUUGCACCAUGGGCCAAAGCUAUUAAGCUUCUACAUAUUCUUAUAUACGUCCUCUUCUUUAUCAAACGGGCUAGGGCAACGGGCAACAAUUGCUCUACAUAUAUCAUAAACGCAUAUUAUAGCUCUAUAACAAAAUUGACGAAGUGAUGGAUAGACGGCGCAAGUAGUAACUCCUUAUAUACGGCGAAGAUGCAUGAAGUCUACAUAGGGUUGAUAUACCCCAACUUCCUCGGAGAACCUCCUCCAACUAACCCCACCGGUCCAGAUCCUCCUCCAUCAUGACUCCAACUUAUAUCAACACCUCUUCUUCGUCUACUACCUCUUCUUCUUCGUCACCUCCUUCUUCACGACUCCUCAUUGCAAGAUACUAAUCAUCGCACCAAUCACCAAUCCCCCGAAAUGGCACCAAUCCACCGCAUAGCCGUAAUCCAAUGGCACAUCAAAGACCUGGCCAUGGACGAGAACCACCAAAAGGCAUGCACCUACAUCCGCGAAGCAGCCUCCCAAGGCGCCAAACUAGCCGUUCUCCCAGAAUACCAUCUAAACGCCUUCCCCCCAACAAACCCGCUCUACCUGCCGCAGACUGACUCCCAGAUAACCACCAAAUACCUCCAAUCCUACCAAGCCCUCGCCAAGGAGCUCAACAUCUGCAUCGUCCCCGGCACUAUCGUCGAAAACCACUCCCCCACCAGUACGACUACCAGUACCGAUUCCACAGACCCCAUCCUCUACAACACAGCCUACUUCAUCUCCAACGACGGCAGUAUCCUCGCCUCCUACCGGAAAAAGAACAUCUGGCACCCGGAACGCCCCUACCUGACUUCUUCGGCGUCGGAUCCGCACGUUGCCUUCGAUACCCCCAUCGGCAAGGUCGGGCUGCUUAUCUGCUGGGACUUGGCCUUUCCGGAGGCGUUUAGGGAGUUGAUCGCUGCUGGGGCGGAGAUGAUUGUUGUUCCUACGUUUUGGACGAAAAACGAUGCCUCAACUGCGCUCCGGGCGAGGAAUCCCGACUGCGAGAAGCUGUUUCUGGAGUCGGUGCUGACGGCGAGAUGUUUUGAGAAUACCUGUGGGGUUGUGUUUGCGAAUGCGGCGGGGCAGACGGAGGGGGAUGGGUUUUUGGGAUUAUCCAGGGUGACGAUGCCGGGGGUCGGGGUUGUAGGGUCUCUGGGGUGGGAGGAAGGCGUUUGUGUGGUGGAUGUUGAUAUGGGGUUGGCUCGCGAUGCGGAGGAGAAUUAUCGGGUCAGGGAGGAUCUGGGGAGGGAAGGGUGGUAUUAUUCUUAUCGGCAUCAGGGGAGGGAUUAGAUUUUAUAUAAAUCUAUGGUGGGACUCAGGUUAUGAGAGUCGGACCUAAGGAAAGCUCUAUUCGAUUUUAGAACUGUAUAUACAUAUACUGUACAACCCACUAGACUAAACUGCUCUGUA